AUGAAUUGGAUUGUAUUCUUUUUAGUUUUUGUUUUUAUCUUAAUAUUAGAAUCUUAUAAAAUAUUAAUAUGUAAUCCAAAAAUUGGUUAUUCACAUGUUAAUUUUUUUGGACAAAUAGCAGAUAUAUUGCAUGAAGCUGGUCAUGAUGUAACAGUAUUAUCUGUAGAUAUGGAUUUAUCCAUAAAACAUCCUGGAGCAUAUAAAGCAAAAAUUAUUAAUUAUCCAUCUAGUCCAUCUGUUUCAGAAAUGUUUUCAAAACAUUCUAUUAUAGAUUCUUUAUGGGAAAGUGAUGAUAAUACAUUGAGUCAAUUUAUUACAUUAAACUUAUGGGCUGAUGCUAUAUAUGAACAAGGACUUAUGAUUUUUAAUGAUAAUAAUUUAACAUUAAAUAUGAAAAAUGAAAAAUUUGAUUUUGCAAUUGUGGAACCAUUAAAUCAUUAUUUUAUAGGACUUUUUAAAGUUUGGGGAAUAAAAAAUUAUGCCUUAGGUUCUGCUAUUACUUUAAUUGAUACAUUGUAUGAUGAAUUUGGUUUACAAUUUCCAGCAUCUUUUAUGCCAACUGCAAUGAAUUAUUUUGGAAAUAAUAUUACUUUUAUAGAUCGUUUUGGUAAUUUAAUUUCACAUUGGAUAACACUUUUUUAUACUAUUAAUAAAUGGAGUAAACCAACAUUAUAUGAAGAAUUUAAUAAAAAAUAUGGUAAAAAUUUCUUUGACAUUAGAAAAUCAAUCUCUGAUACAUCAUUUUUUUUUAUAAAUUCAAAUCCAUUUUUAAAUUUUCCUGGUCCAAAAGUUCCAAAAAUGGUUGAAAUUGCUGGAAUUGGUUUACCCAAACCAAAACUUUUAAAUAAUUAUUGGAAUAAUAUUUUAUCUAAAAGAAAUUAUACUAUUUUGAUAUCAUUUGGUACUAUUUCUAAAUGUCAUAAUAUGCCAAAAAAAAUGAAAAAUGUUAUAAUUAAUACAAUUAAAAAUAUGAAACAUAUAACAUUUAUAUGGAAAUAUGAAAAACUAGAUGAUAAUAUUGAUAGUGGUAUAGAUAAUCUUAUUGUAACAGAGUGGUUUCCACAAAAUAAUUUAUUAAAUGAUAAAAGAAUAUCACUUUUUAUUACACAUGGUGGUGCUAAUUCUAUAACAGAACUUGCUUUUAAUGGUGUUAAAGCAAUAGUAAUUCCAAUUUUUGUUGACCAAUAUAAAAAUGCUAAACUUAUUGAAAAACAUAAUAUUGGUAAAUUGAUGAAGAAAAAUUAUUUAAAAGUUGAUGGAUUAUUAGAAAAAUAUAUUAAUGAUGUAAUAAAUAAUAAAAAAUAUUCAAAUAAUGCUUUAUUAUUAUCAGAAAGAUUAAAAAAUCUACCAAUACAACCAAAACGUUUACUUAUAAAUUAUGUAAACUUUGCUUGUAAAUAUGGACCUUUUCCCAUGCUUGAUUUACCAUCAAUAAAUAUGGGAUUUAUUGAAUAUCAUAACAUUCUUCAAUCAACUAAUGGAACUGCUUAUAUUGCUUUAACAUUAAUAAAAAUUGAUAAUAUUUCUACAAAUUGGAAAGAAUUUCAAGAUCAAAAUAGAACUAUUGAUAUAUUUGAUUUAUAA